AGCUUUCGCCAGCUACAGGUAUAGACAGCGCUGCAGGUAUUGCUGGCAGGGUUGGUGACUGUAUGUUGCUAGCCAUAACAACUCUUUUUUUCUUCUUUUCUCAUCACUUCCUUUCAAACAAGCGUCUAAAGCAAAAGAAUUAGCGUUGUAGGAAAGAACUCACCUCCAAAGGUGUUUGUAAUUGAGCUCCAUUGAGAGCACGGUGCGUGGUCCCAGCAUUCUGCGGUGCUUCCUAUUGAAAGCUGUGUGGUCAUUAUACAACACCAACCGCGCUCCGGCACGGCUUUCUUUUUGUCGCUUACCUUAUUUUUCUUCACUUUUUUGAUGGCCGCAGUAGGUCCUUUUGGCUCUCCGUUACCACCGAUUACUUCUGUUUUGUUUUCUCUUGUUUCAUCGUACGUCGUUUUUUUCUCCUGCUUUGUGGAGGUUGUCCGACGCACAUCUUCUGCUGUUCCUUCUUGUUAUUGUUAUUAGUCAUUCCUCAUCAUGGCGCUCUCCUCAUGGGUGGACUGUCUCGUGUCGAUUCGCUUCGAUCUUGAUAUCGGCCCCAAGAUCGAAUGCAUCACCCCACCCAACGCGAUCACCGAGGAGGGCAAGUCAAAGCUCCUGCGUUGUGCGUUUCCCGACUGCAACCCGGACUGCGGUUACAACUUCAUCUUCUACUUCACCAUGGCAGACUGCACGACGGCGGCAGCGGAGAGCUUCUCGCAGACAGUGGCGCCGCCCACCACUGGCAACACGGUGCCGGAGCUGUACGGCGCGGCCUUCUACCGCCAAAAGCACGAUCUGAAUGUCCCGCGCCACUACGUGCAGCAAGUGGUCGUGCUGCUCUCCCACCUGCCCUACUACAACGUGCACGAACUAGUUCUUCGCGUGGUGGCGCCGCGCUUUUGUCAGUGCUGCACGCUCUCACCGGACACUGAAAAGGUGCCCGUGUCGAGCGCUAUGAGCCCCUUCCCGGAGGCCUACUUCGAAGUGGAUCAAUCCUACUCACCUGAGCACUACUCGCAGGAGGACGUGCUGCGCGACGCGAUGCAGGAGCUGGCGCAGUGGCCCUCGCCGCACCCGCAGGUGCGCUACUCCGUCAAUCUUCUCCAGCAGGCGUUAGUCUUUUUAACACCGGCGCACUCCCUGCGACAGUCGAUUCGCGCCACACGCAGCAGCUGUGCUGCCGUGCGCACGUGCAUGAAGGUGGAUGAGCGGGUGGAGCUGGUGGAGGUGGCCCGCGGCAACGCCCGAUACCGCGGCAGCUCGUUCGGCAACGACGUUCUGCCCCUCUUCAGUCUCCUCGGUGAGCAGCUUCACCACCUCACCUACGUCUGGGAGCUGCUGCUGCGGCACGAGCCGCUCCUCAUACUAAGCAACACGCCCUGCGUCGCCUCUGCUACUGCCUUCAGUGUUGCGUCGUUGAUUCUGCCAAUUCAGUUCAACGGCACGCUGCGUUCGUACUUCACGGUGCAGAACGAAGACUUCCCACGUCUGAGUCGCAUGGGCAAGGCCCUGCCCUUCCCGACGAACGAGGCGUUGAUUGUCGCCGGCACGAACCCUUUUCUGCUCCGCAGCUUCAGUGGGUGGCCGAGCCUGCUGGUCGUGAUGGACCGCAAUACCGCAAACGUGGUGAAUGGGUCUGUCGCGUCUCCUACCUCGUCGACGGCGGCGUCGACGGUGCGGGAGAACCGUUCUGGUGGGGGUGGGGGUGGUCCGGCGUGGCACCGCCAAGGCGCUCCUGUUCCCCCCUCCUCUUCCUUUCUACCGUUCGUCACCACGCCGACGCCGCAGACGCACAAUAGCCCCACCGGCCUGCAUGCCCCAUCCACGCCGCCCAUGCAUGGCCACCAUAACAGCAGCUUUCCCGUGUCACCGUUGCCGGUGAAUGGCGAGGCGGCUUUUGAUUCGUGUUCGCUGUUAGACAGCUACGCCAGCGCAGGCGGCGGCGGCGUCGACAAUAACGGCAGCAGCACCACGACGGUGGCCUCGCCCCUUCACGCCGACCACCACCUUCACACCCUCACCACAACGACAGGGCCCUCCAGCACUGCCAGCGGCGUCUCCCUCUCCGGCCUCGUCCACGUCCCCACCAGUAAAGCGAUGAACGGAGCGGCGGGCACGGCAUCGGCGACCACGUCCCCCACACCGGAGCCGGCGGCGGCCUACCAGGCAGACCCGCACGCCACGUACGCGCUGGAGUCUUCCUCCGACGACGUGGAGGCGGCGCCGUUGCUGCGCUCGUCUACGCCGGCGUCUCGCCCGUCCUCCUCCGCUGCCUCUGCGGCCGUGGGGAGAAUUACGUCGACGGUGAGUGACACGGAUGAACAGGCCAACGGCAAAGCUGAGGGGGCGACGGCGGCGGUGGCGGGCGUGCACAUGCGGGCGGACUCCACGAACUCUACCGCCACAGGCGGCAGCACCGCACCGGUGCCACUGAGCACGGGCAGCCGCCGACAGGAAGCUGAGGGGCGGAGCAGCGGCGCCUCCUCGGCCUCGCCGGCCCCCAUCACGUUGCCGGCGCUCUCCGCCUCGACCGUCACCCUCUUCACCACGGACAACUACAAAAACACCGUCGACGCGGUGCACGCCGCGGAUUACCGCAAGCGUGGAGGCGGGCACCAGGAGAUGUCGCGGACAAACCUCCAGCAGCGCCUGCAUAACUACUUCGACUCGUCCGUGCACUUCUUGCUGAACCACGCCGAGCAGUCCAAUAUGCUGCUGAAGCGGCUGGAGAUGGUGUCCUUGCUCGACGCCGACGCGCAGCGGACGUCUGUCACGCUGAGCCUCAACCAGUGGCAAGGGAGCCCGACAGCGGUGCUGUCACCGUGGCGUCGUAGCUGUAGCGACGGCGCCACUUUGCCCCUUCCACCCGGUCCUUCAACUGGCACCGCUGCGAGUCCUAGCGGCGCUGCGCAUUUCGCCAAGCCGGCUUCUUUUCAGAAGCACGCGGACCCGACCGCAGCGGAGCACGGCAUCACCUCGUGUUCGCAUUUCUCCGUGGCGGACGACAUCCUGCGCAAGUUCUUCACCUCCCUCACGACGGAGUUCCUCACGCCGGUCACCGCCUGGUUCCACGCGGUCACGGCUCCGUACACCGCCUUCCACCUGUGCGAUCGUGCCUUGUGCGACAGCCUCCUUUCCCCGGCUAGGUUCCUCAGCGAUUUUGCGCUGCGGCACCGCGAGACGGCACCGCUGAUGUGGACGCAGCUACACUCCUACAAGGCCUACAAGGUUGUCUACGAGCGCUUCGCCCACGGGUGUCUGUUUAAAGCCUACGUCUGCCAGCUGAUCGAGGAAGAGCUGCGGCGGCAGCUGGAUGGGUUUCAGAUCGAGGAAUGGGUGCUGCGCGUGCCGUCGGAGGCCGAGCGAAUCGAUCUGCUGAUCAACCUUCUUAGCACAAUUCAGCGAGAGCUGAACGAGACGCUGGACCCGGACGUGCUCUUCGUGACCUCCGCGACCUCCGUCAUGGCGAGUAUGGCGAUUGGACUUCGCGAGCCGCACAGGGAGCAGUUUAUGCUGAAGAUCGGUGAGCUGAAACUGUGA